AUGGAUAGUUCAAGCCAGUCUCCUCUCUCGUCUUAUUUUACACUUAUAGUGAUGGCAUUAAUUGGUAUUGUUCUAGCAUAUUGGUACUACUUGGAAAAAUUUCGGAAGAAAGAAUCGUCAGAAGAAGAUCAGCAAGAUGCUGCUGUAAAGUACAAUCUACCUGUGAGCAAAAUCAAGGCUUAUCCAAUAGAUGAAAAGUUUCAAUCGUCCGACCAUACCGAACCGACGGUCCCGGGGGAAUUGAGGACAGAAAAAACACAAAAAAGCGCUACGGAUACGUCCAAAUCAGCGAACAGGAAGGGUAAAGAAAGAGCGAACUGUAGAAAGAGCAACUCGAAUGAAGUUCUAACCGCAAAAUCCAUAGCAAUAAUUGAUCCAGAGUUAGCAUCAAAGUACACUUUUCUGAGGAACAAGGACCCAGUUAUGGAAUCCUUUUCUGAACCAAUUCCAGAAGAAGAGCUUGAGUUGUAUAGUAGUUCUAAAGCAGUGAAUCCCGCUGAAGCAACUACAUCGCUUAAGAAGCAUUUGAAUGAAGCGCUUACUUCGUUCUUCAACACUUCAGUGAAUAGUCUAAGAAAAGAAAGCAUAAACGAAGAAGAAGUUGGAAAAGAGAACGGAGAGGUGUCCAAGGAACCAAAGUUAAACAAAAAGUCAUCUGGAAUUACGGGAAGGAAAAAGAAAAAUUCAUUGACCAAAUUUUUCAAUCGUAAACGAAGACGGAAGUUUGCGACGCAAUCAGACGACUUGAUAACCCCGUCGCAAUAUUACAAGUAUGGACAUUGUUAUGCUUAA